AUGGAGGCAGGAACGGGAACCGUCUUGGACAAGUUCCUCGUUUCUUUAAUUCCAGAUCCUCCCAACCAGUGUUUGACUUGCGGAGACCAAUCCCAUCUCGAUGGUCUAAUCUGUUCUUGCCUUGACUGCUUUCUUUCUGGAGGAAACCUCUUACUCUACGAGUACAAUGUCUCUAAGGCUAUCCUCAUAGCCAACUUUCGAGCCGGUACGUGCACAAAAACACCUUCAGAUUCACCUGAUGAAGUAAUAUCGCGUGCCAAAUUCCUCUUAUCGAAAAACGGGUUUGGUCUCUACGAUCUCUUGGAGAACAAUUGUGAAGAUUUUGCAGUAUAUUGUAAAACUAGUUUGGUGGUCGGCAAAAGCUAUAUCUUGGGCAGAAGUGGUCAAGCCGGUUCCGUGAGUGUACUUUCAUUCGUUGCAAACAUGUUUAGUCUUUGGGCCGGCACUGCUAUUCGUGUCUUGAGGGACAUUGGUAUGAGAUAUGAUACUAUUAAGCUGCCUGUCGAGACCCUCGUAGCUCGGAGAAACAAAUGCGACUGA